AUGCCAGGAUUGUGCAUGAAUCGAGCUGCAGUUCGUGUUCGUGCUCGUGCUCGUGUCCGUGUUCGUUCACCCUGUGUGCAGUACAAGAAGAGUGCAAGUUUUAUCGAGGGUCGAGAGAAAUCCGAUGCUUCAAAUGAAGUCAAUGAACCAAAUUUCAACAGUCAUUUGUCGAAAUUGGAAUUUGAAUGUGGGAAUAGAGUGAUGGUGGUGGUCGAUUCGAGCCAGGAAGCUAAAGGUGCUCUAGAAUGGGCACUCUCUCAUACUGUUCAAGCACAGGAUACAAUUAUUCUCCUGCAUGUUGCCAAACAAGAUGAAAAUUAUAAUGGAGAAAUUAAUCAAAGGGCAUAUGAACUUCUUCAUUCCAUGAAAAAUAUAUGCCAAUUAAGAAGACCUGAGGUGCGCGUGGAGAUGGCAAUUCGAGAAGGAAAGGAAAAUGGAGAAAUAAUAGUCGAAGAAGCUAAGCAUAGACAGGUUUUAUUACUGGUUUUGGGACAGCGAAAACGCUCGAUAAUAUGGAGAUUGCAGAGGUUUUGGUCGACAGAAUUAAAGAAGAAAAAUAGGAUUGUAGAUUAUUGCAUUCAAAAUGCUAGUUGCAUGACAAUUGCAGUGAGAAGGAAGAGCAAGAAAUAUGGAGGAUAUUUGAUUACUACUAAAAGUCACAAAAAAUUCUGGCUUUUGGCUUAA